AUGGAGGAGCAGAGCAACAUCGCCCCGCAACGUCGGACCCUCGUCAUCCGCGUGCUCGAUGACUUUCGUUGCGACGAGCAGCAUCCUGACGCAUCGAAGAAGAAGAUGAAGAAGAGGAUCGGAACAUUCUUGCUGAAUGUUUUGAGUGAAUCCAACCCUAGGUGCCAAAGGGCUUCCAUGCUCUCAGGAAACGAAUGCUUGCAAUGCAUCUUGGAGAAACGAAGUCAGAUCAAUGCCGGAGUGCUCAAGACCGUUCGAUGA